AUGAGUAUUUCAGAUAUUUCUCGCAGCAGUAACAACGAAAUAUUAAAUCAGUUUAAAAAAUCUAGGAUUUCUGAUUCUUAUUUUGUGCAAAAAUAGAAUAGUUAGGAAUAGGAUUCCAUUUACUGCGCAGUUCAUAUGGAGAAUGUACCAUUAGACUAAACAUUAAAAUUACCUUGUUAGCAUAUUUUUUGUAAAGAGUGUUUAAUAGCACAAUAUGAAAACUGCAUAAAAGAGGGAUAAAUAAGCUAGCAGCAUUUAAAAUGUCCUCAAGAAGAUUGCAAUACCCCAAUUCCUUACUUCAUGAUUAAAAACCUUUUAUCGCCUUAAGUAUUUGAGAUGUAUGAAAGACUGAGCUUUGCAAGCUAUGAGACUUCAAUUACUUCAAAUGAGAUAGGCAUAACUUGCCCAUAAAAGGAUUGUAAUGCUAGAUUUUCUAUUUGGAAAGGAGCCUUUUAUACAAAAUGCCCUUUAUGCAAUUAUGAGUUCUGCACUGAAUGCAAAUAUGCAAAACACUCAGGAAUUUCUUGCGAAUAAUAUAAAGAACAAAACAUAUAAUCUAAAGAAGACUUAGCCUUCUUUUAAAUGAUGAAAAUAAAUAAAUGGAAGCAGUGUCCUGUCUGCAAAUCAGUAGUUGUAAAAGAAAAAUGGUGUAAUUUUUUAAGAUGCUCUUCAAGCAUUUGUUAGAAAAAAACCUGUUUCUGCUACUUGUGUUGCGAUGUGUUAAAUGAAGAAGACCACUACAUACAUUAUAUAGAUAAAAACCCUUAUAAAGAUAAUUGUGUUACUAUGUAACUUAAAAAGGAAAUAGAAAACAUUCCUGAUACAAAUCCAAAAGAGGAAUUAGUUAAAAAUAUUGAAUGUCCUGGAUGCUAAACUAAGGACAGAUCGCUUUGUGAAGUUAUCAGCAAUUUUAAUUAUUAAAUAUGCUAUUGUUAAUCUUAUAAAUGCAAGUAAUUCUUUUGCUUAAACUGUAAUAAAAAAUUUAAAGAUGGAGACAGGGCUGCUGACCAUUUCUUAAAAAAUUCUUGCAAAAAAAGUGGAUUUCAAAACAAUUGCUAAAUAUUUUGA